AGCAGCGGGCGGCCCGAGGGACGCUUCCACGGCGGCGCGCGCGCGGGGACCCAGCGCCCAUGGCCGGCGGGGAAGGCGCGGAGCCCCGGGCGGCCGCCAGCGCGGCCCCGGAGACCCAGGAGCACCUCUUCAAGGUUCUGGUCAUCGGUGAGCUCGGCGUGGGCAAAACCAGCAUCAUCAAGCGCUAUGUGCACCAGCUGUUCUCCCAGCACUACCGGGCCACGAUCGGCGUGGACUUCGCGCUCAAGGUCCUCAACUGGGACAGCCGGACCCUGGUGCGGCUACAGCUGUGGGACAUCGCGGGGCAGGAGCGAUUUGGUAAUAUGACCCGCGUGUACUAUAAAGAAGCUGUUGGUGCUUUUGUUGUGUUUGAUAUAUCAAGAAGCUCAACUUUUGAGGCAGUCUUAAAAUGGAAAAAUGACCUGGAUAGUAAAGUUCAUCUUCCCAAUGGCAACCCUAUUCCUGCUGUCCUCCUCGCCAACAAAUGUGACCAGAAAAGGGAGGGCGGCCAAAGUCCACCUCAGAUGGACCAAUUCUGCAAAGACCACGGUUUUACUGGAUGGUUCGAAACCUCUGCCAAGGAUAACAUAAACAUAGACGAAGCCACCCGGUUUCUAGUGGAGAAUAUCCUCGUGAACCACCAAAGCUUUUCUAACGAAGAAAGUGAUUUGGACAAGAUUAAACUGCAUCAGGAGACCUUGGUAGCAGAGCACAAAUCCCAGUGCUGCUAGUGGGGCUCUGCCUCUCACGCGCCUGCCUCAGUGCAGAGCGCUCGACUGCCAGGGUGAUGGGGAGAUCUGUGAAUCUGCCACAAGUACAUCACAUUGCAUCAUCUUGCAGUGUCCCCAGACAUCUUGUCUCAUGAAGGAUGGAACAGGUGGAGGAGUAUCUCUGUAGAGGCUCUGUGAUUUACAGAUAAACCCUAGGCAUUUUUUUUUGUACCAUUCUAUGAAGCCUAAUGUUUACAUCUUUUUUUAAGAAUCUCUGUAAAUGACUUUCAAGUUGUAGCUUUUCAUGUAAACCCUGGGUUGGUAAUAAAACUUCCCUGUGGUAUUUC